CUAAUUUAUAGCAGAAGCGAGGUUAAAGUAUGUUACCAAAAUGAAGGUGAAUGAGAAAGCGCGUGGGAAUUGUGAUAGUAGAGAAGUGAAGAGAGAAAUAAGUGGAGCCCAGCAAGCAUGUGCCCUCUUCCUGUCUGUCUCCACCAGCUCCUGCCGCUCAAUCAUUAGAGCUCUGUUCCCUCUUUCUCUAUCACUCACUCACACACUCUCUCCUUCUCCCUCCAUCCAUCAACAACCCUAAUCCCUUCUCUCCAUCCAUCCAUCCAUCAAAACAUGUCUAACACCGACGGAACAACCACUACAACCACAACUAACGGCUCAAUCAUUGACCAAAACCGUCAACACUUAGCCGUUAAAAAACCCCCUUCAAAAGACCGUCACAGUAAAGUUGACGGCCGUGGACGCCGUAUUCGUAUGCCAAUCAUAUGCGCUGCUCGCGUCUUCCAGCUAACUCGCGAAUUAGGUCACAAAUCCGAUGGUCAAACAAUCGAAUGGCUCCUCCGUCAAGCUGAACCUUCAAUCAUCGCCGCUACCGGUACCGGAACUACUCCGGCGAGUUUCUCAUCUCUCUCUGUUUCACUUCGUGGCUCUAAUAAUUCACUUCCGUCUCCUUCUUCAACUUCGUUAGAACAUAAACCUCUUCUCUCUCCGUCACCGUUCAUUCUCGGUAAACGUAUUCGUACGGACGAUGAUUCUUCAUCUUCUUCUGCUCAUGCUAAAGAAGACGCUCUUUCUGUUGCUUCUCUUUCAACACCUGCAGCGCUUUGGGCGUUACCUUCGCGGCCUGAUUUUGGACAAAUUUGGAGUUUCGCUGCCGCUGCUGCUGGUGCUCCUCAGCCGGAAAUGGUGAUUCAGUCUUUGUCUCAACAGCAGCAGCAACAACAUCAAGCUUCUUUCUUCUCUCAUCAUCAUCAUCAACAGCAACAAGCUAUGGGUGAAGCUUCAGCUGCUAGAGUUGGGAAUUAUCUUCCUGGUCAUCUGAAUUUGCUUGCUUCAUUGUCUGGUGGACAUGGAAAUUCUGGUCGGGGAGACGACGAGCAUCAUUGAUUCUGUUUGUGAGUUAGUUUCUGUGGUUGAAUUGCAGUGGUGGUGGUGGUGGUGUUUUCUUGGUAUAUAUAAUUAUUCUGUGUUAUUAUGGAUAUGUUGCCUUUGAUGUGUGUGAAAAGUAGAAAAUUUUAGGGUUUAGGUUUUUUGUUCCUUUGAUUUUUAAUGGAGAAAGUCCAUUGAUCAAGGAAUUCAAUUAGGGAUUUUACUUCCUUUGGUUUGGAAGAUUGAUUAAUUAGUCUUUUUUUUUUUUUAUUGAUGCUCAAAUUUGUUUUAGACUUUGGGGUUUUGCAGAAAGAGAGAAAAGUUUGAUAUUUAUUAUUUAUGUGAUAGUGGUGGUGGUCAUAAAUUGGAUUGAGGCUGGAAUAGGUUUUCAGAACCUUGAUCAUUGUGCAACAAGUGCAGUGGAAUUUACUUUUGAUUGUUGAGUUGAGAAUUCUCUAAGCUUGGAUGUUGAUGGAAUGUUGAAUUAAUUGCUUCUGUUUCACUUUGUUUCAUAUCGGGUUUUGAGUUUUGAUUGAUAAGUUAUUGUUGCAGUUCAUGAAGAAGUAAUUAGUAGUUGAAAGCUUAGCUUGUUGUUUCUGAGCUGAGAGUGUCAAUUCAAUUGUUGUGUUUCUCAAGUUCAAUUGUCAUUCCCAAAUUGUUGGAUUGAAGUACCCUACUUUUCCAACAUAUGUACUUGUAUCUUGAUCUUAGCUGCGUUGUUUGAGAUUAAGAGAAAUUGGGGUCCAUUUAAAGUGGCAAAUGCAUGUUUUGAUUUUGACAUAGCUGCUGUUGGUGAGUGGUGACUGGUGAGUCAUGAUCUGUUUCUUUCUCCUUUCCACUUUCAAAUUCAUUGUUGGAUAUUAUUAGAUGUUGUUUUGGUGUGUGAAAGAUAAAUGCUCUGGUUAUGGCCUUUUGUUUUUAAGAUUUUAAUUUAUCUUAAAUUCUUAGCCAUUUCUUAGCUUGAUAAUAAGCUUGAGAAUAAUGUUUUUUCUUGCAUUGCAUGUAAGUGGAUUGUUUUGGGGUUGCCAGUGAUGUGAAUAAAAACCUAUCUGUUUCUUUAUUUUA